AUGCAACCAGUUGGUUCACUGACAUCGCGAACUCUGACAACAUCGCAACAGUCUUUUCAACAGUUCAACGAGUUCACACCGAUGCUACAAAGUUGUCGUGAAAGUGCCACAUCGUUACCAGCGUUAUCCGGUCGAUCAAACUUUAUGCGUGCCGGCAGUUGGCCUAAAUCUGAAUAUGAGGCGGAAGUCGCGUCACCACUAUGGCAACAAUCUGGAGCCACAAAAGAGGUCAAAGGAAAAUAUGUGAAACAGUCGUUUAGAUCUUCAAAAACGGGUGUACGAGGGACACGAAGUUUCAGAGACAAAAAAUUUUUAAGAAGAUCUCAACAACGCUGGGGAGCUACAGAAUCGCCGACUGUUAAGCGUUCAUCUUCGACACGCGAAGAAAACUGGGAUCGAGCCAAAAGAAUUAUUGGAAGCUCCAGAAGGUCUUCAGAACGAUCAUCUACUACACUGCAGUCUAGAUCUCUAGACAGACUAGUAACUCUGCAGUCAAAUAGCUAUCUUAACCAGACGUCAAAAGAAGGGCUAGAACAUGAAGGAGCUUUUACGUCUGGCGAAAGAAUAUCGCGGCUUGACCUGUCUAUUAACGUCGAAAAUAAUGGUCAGCCAAGUACUUCAAAUGUUGAAGAAAAGACUAGUCCAAUACCGGGAUUAGUGAAACUUCCAAGAGAAAAGUUUAACCUUAAAAAAGAAAGCCAUUCUUUUGCAAAAAAUCUUAGAAGACUUAUUACUGGUUCAUACUCGAAAUAUGACGGGGAAAAAAAUACACAUAGCUAUAUUCCACGCAGUAAAGAAUCAGACUCACAACCUCAUGGUCUUGAGGCAGCAAUUGAUAAGGGUCGAGCACGAUUUAUCGAAGCCCAACGAAGAGGUUGCGGACUACAAGCGAGCGGCGACAGUCUUUGUCGUAACGAACAUAGAAUGCAGCAUUCUUCUGCGUCAACAACCGAUACUUUUAGACGAAAUAUGGACUCAGAUGCAUCAUCUCGUACUCCAAGACGACAUACAGUCAGCUGCCGAACUGAGGAUCUACAGGACUCUCAACCAGAAUCUUGUCCUUCUUUGUCAAGCCCUGUAGAGCCGGACAUAAAACUUCUUCCUCCACCAAUUCCUGAAAGAACCUACAAAAAAAGAUUAAAACCCGACGAAAUUGGUACGACUCGCCGAGAUCCUGAAACUUCAAUGAACCAAAAAGUUGCAGGAAAGUUGUCAACUACUGAACCAACAACAUCGUAUAUGAUGGUUAAUGAAGCGGCAGAUGAGUUUCUUGGUAAAUUAAACCAGGAAUCUGCAAUGUCGGCGUUCGCCUUACCCUACGAUGAGAUUCGACCACAACGUCGAACUUUUGGGCUCCAUUUUUAUAAAAAGAACUGCCAUGGUGAUCCGCCAUCAACUCGACGAAGUAAAGGGUCAAUCAUCAAACGAGUCUUUUUUUAG